AUGUCUGCAAUUCAAAAAUGGACGGUCACCGAGCCCUACAUCGAUAUACCUGGAACCCUUCUUGAGGGCCCAUUUCACGACCAGACUCGAAACGAAUUCCGAUUCGUCGAUAUCUGGGACCAGAAGCUCUAUGUCCUGGAUCUAGCCAAGGGCCCGGAUUCCUUGAAAACUAUAGACACCGCUUCCUCUCUUGGAGUCACCGCCAACAUCGCAAAUGCCGGCGAUGAUCACAAGGAUCAAAUAGUCGUAGCCGCUAAGUACGGCUAUGCCCUGGCUAACCGCCAUACCGGGGAACUCUCCUAUAUCCACAAGGUCUUUGAUGACCAGAGGGAUCCAGAGACAGCUCGGCGAAUGCGUUUCAACGAUGGUGCUGUCGACAGCCACGGGCGGUUCUGGGCAGGAUCCAUGAACGACCCCAAGGUUCAACAGCCAGUCAACGAGGGUGUGCUGUUCAGACUAGAUCCCGAUCUAAGCCUGCAUCGCAUGGUUGAGCCGGUGUCCAUCCCUAACGGGAUUGGCUGGAAUCUGAAAAACGACACGAUGUACUUCACCGACUCACCCACAGCGAAGAUCUUCGCCUUCGACUUUGACGCCAGCACCGGUGCUAUCAGUAAUCGCAGGGUGCACUAUGAUGUGGGUCAGCCCCUGGAACCCGAUGGUUUCGCCAUCGACGAGGAAGGGUGCAUUUGGAGCGCCAUCUACGGGGGCGGGAAGAUCAUCCGGAUCUCCCCCGAGGGCCAGCUUAUUGGAGAGAUUUCAUUCCCUACCAGGAACAUCACCUGUCCAGCAUUUGUUGGGACGGAGCUCUUUGUGACCACGGCCAAGGAUGAUGUCAAUGAUGACAAGUUCCCAGAGUCCAUUCGCUAUGGCGGACGACUCUAUCGGCUUGAUGUUGGAGUAAGGGGCAAGCCGAAGAACGAGUUCCAGUUUCAACAGUAG